AUGCCUCCACUAGUGGAUCCAACGCCAAGUGGAGUGCUCUUUGAAUCAGAUACCCAAACCGCCGACUUGGGCUUAGCAAAAGAUGUCUCAGUGCUAAAGAAUGCAACGCCAAGGAAAUAUGAAUAUGUCUGGUUUAACAUAUUCUGGUUUCUCUUUCUACACAUUGCCUCUCUAUAUGGCAUUUACUUAGCUUUGACAUCGGCGAAAUGGCAGACCAAUGUAUUCGCAUUCGCUCUCCAUCUGAUGUGUGCUAUUGGGAUAGGAGCUGGAUCACAUAGAUUAUGGACACAUCGAAGUUAUAAAGCAAAAACGCCUCUUCGUACACUUCUAAUGCUUUGGCAAACUAUGGGUUUCCAGGAUAGUAUUUUCGAGUGGGCUCGCGACCACAGAACACACCACAAAUACGCAGACACAGAUGCCGAUCCCCACAAUGCUGAGCGGGGCCUGUUCUACUCCCAUAUGGGCUGGUUGUGCGUCAAGAAGUUACCUGAAGUCAUUGAAGGAGGCCGUCGUCUCGACCUUACUGACCUAUAUGAAGAUCCAGUCGUCAUGUUCCAGAAAAAGCAUUACAUGAAGAUGAUGCCGGUACUGUGCUUCCUGUUACCGACGGUUAUCCCUGUCUAUUACUGGAAUGAAACGUGGCUCAAUGCAUUCUUGAUACCCACUAUUCUACGAUAUACCAUUGGCAUCAACGUUGUUUGGAGCGUUAACAGCUUUGCUCAUGUCUUCGGAUACAGACCUUAUGACAAGUCACUGAACCCCCGGGAGAACAUCGCGGUGUGGAUGAUUUGCGUGGAAGGCUUCCACAACUACCACCACACCUUCCCGUGGGACUACCGCGCCACUGAACACCCUCUGCUCAACAUGCUUACGCCCACUAUCGUGUUCAUUGAUGCUAUGGCUAAGAUCGGGCAAGCCUAUGAUUUGAAGAUGGUUACCCCUGAUAUUAUAAAGCAGAGGUCACAGCGGACUGGCGACGGAACACAUUAUCUUUGGGGCUGGGACGACCCCGAGUUUACGGAAAAAUUAAAGGCUCGUCUCAGCACUAUCAAUCAUCCUGAAAGGAAAGACGACUAACCAAUGUUGACACAUCCCAUAAAAAAUUAUGGUGUUUACAUACCCAUUUAUACACUACCUAGUAAUUAAUAUUGGAAGUACUGGGGGACUCUACUU